AUGGAUAUGCUUGAUGAUGAAAGUAGCAACCCCAUUGGAAACACUUCCGAUAAUUGUCGGGGCAGCGAGGUAGACAAACAAGAAUUGCAGUACGUGGACUUGGGGUGCGGCACAUAUUUUGAACCCUUUGAGGUGGAAUUGCAAGAUUACGAUGACAAUGUGGAGGAUUUUUUGAUUUUCAAUGUGAAGCUAGUUCAGGAACUUGAGGUCGAGAGGCAAACAGAGGAGCACACAAGAAAGACGAAGAAACAUAAUCCAUUUUAUGUACCAUCGAAAGUGGUGCGGGAGAUGGUCAGUAAAUCAGGAGUCGAAUGGCAAAAUAUGGUCAAGCCGAGCUGA